AUGCGUCUAAAAAACAAAGUUUCACGUCGUUAUAAUGACUUUCUUGCAUUACAUGAAUUAUUAAUGUUAACAUAUCCAUAUCGAAUAAUACCAUCAUUGCCACCGAAGAAAACUGUUAAUGUUGACAAAGAAUUUAUCGAAGAACGUCGUCGAUCAUUAAAGCGAUAUCUUCAAAUUUUAUGUCGUCAUCCCACUAUUUAUGAUACAGAUAUUAUAAAAUUUUUUCUAACUUUUCAAGGAACAUCAUGUGGUGAUAAUAUGAAAGCAACAUAUAAAAAUAUUCUCGAUGAAUUCAGUUCUGAACCACGAUCAUCAUUGAAUUCUAGUGAUAAUAUAGAAAAAUAUGGAGAAGAUUCGGAUGGUAUACAAAUGUUUCGCACAAGCCAAAUACAUAUUUCAUCUCUUCAUCAACAAUUCAAUCAAAUUCGUGGAUGUUUAAAAAGUAUCAAUGAAAAAAAAUUUAAAAAUGCCAAUGAUUUUACAAAUAUUGAAAAAGCUUUACAAACACUUGGUUCAGAUUCAACAAGUAUUGAUCGAUGGGCAACAGGUCCAAAUGAUUAUUGGCCAACCAUUCAAAUUGGUCUUGGUAAUCUACCCGUUGAAAUAAAUGCUAUUUCAGAACGGAUUAAUGAACAAUAUAAACGUGAUGAUGAAGUUAUUAGUGAUCAUCUUGAUAUGUUAAUUGAAUUACUUCAAGGAUAUAAAGAUUUGUGUAAACGAUUUGAAGAUGCAUUACAAAGUGAACAAAAAGCUAUUCAAAAAGCAAAUAAUCAACAAAAACGUUCAUCAUCAAUCACUGAUACAUCAUCCAAAAAUGAUAAUAAUCUUGAAAUGAUUGAAAAACGUAAUCGACAUGCACUGCAAUGUGUAAAAAUUGAAACACAAUUAGUUUAUGCGAAUUUAGAAGCAUUUGUUUAUAUUCUAAGUAGUCUUGGUAAUAGUCAAUGUAAAGGAUCAUCAGAUCUUCUCAAUAUUUGGAAAUCAUUUGCAAAUAAAAUAUCUCAACUGGGACAAAAUUAUAUUACCAAGUCACCAAUAGACAGGAUGAAUACAAUUGGAUUGAGAAAAUAA